AAUUUACAAACCUUGCCACUGCUUGAUGAGCUCGGAAUGCAGAUCGAGACCGAAACUCGACCCGAUCACUUCAAAGGUCCCGUUACGGUGGGAGACUAUGUUCUGAAAUCAAAACUCGGAGAGGGUUCGUUCUGCACAGUGUGGAAAGCGGAGCACAGGUUGAGCGGCCAAGAGGUGGCGUUGAAGCAGGUCUAUCCGUCCAGGCUGAACCGCCAACUCAGGAACUGCUUCGACUGUGAGCUUAACUUCUUGUCCUCUGUUAACCAUCCCAACAUCGUCCGCCUUUUCGACGUUUUUCGGGCUGAAGGUUGUAUAUUUCUGGUCCUGGAAUUUUGUGCUGGUGGAAGUCUGGCUUCAUAUCUUCGACACCGUGGGAGAGUUCAAGAACAGAUAGUGAGAGGAUUUAUGCAACAGCUUGGAGCUGCUAUGGAAAUUCUGAACUCACACCACAUCAUUCACAGGGAUUUGAAACCGGAGAAUAUUCUUCUCUCUGUUCCAGAUGAUGAUGCUGUCCUAAAGAUAUCUGAUUUUGGACUUUCUAGAUAUGUACAUCCAAGUGAUUACGCAGAGACAGUUUGUGGAACUGCAUUAUACAUGGCUCCAGAAGUUCUUCAAUUCCAAAGAUAUGAUGAAAAGGUUGACAUGUGGAGUCUUGGUGCAAUUCUUUUCGAGCUUCUGAAUGGCUAUCCUCCUUUUCGUGGUAGGACUAAUGUUCAGCUGCUGCAGAACAUCAAGUCAUGUAAGCGUCUUCCAUUUUCUCAGUUAAUCCUUCCGGCUUUAGAUCCAGACUGUGUUGAUAUGUGUUCAAGGCUGCUGUCUAUAAAUCCAGCGGAUCGCCUCUCCUUCAACGAAUUUUAUCGGCAUAUAUUUUUGAGUAGAGAAGGAGUGGCAACUUAAAAUGCAUGGGAACUCCUAGGCUGAUGGAUUUUCCUUGCCAGACUGCGUGAAAGUGAAGCACAUUGUCAAAACCCAUUGAAAUGAAGUGUCAAUUACUUGCAUACCUUUCCAAUGCCCCGGCUUUAAUAUUUGUCUCCUCUUCUUGACAUUGCGAGCAGUCUACACUGCAACCAAGUAUAAUCUCAGAUCAUUCCCUGCUGCUCUUGCCUGCAUAUUAAGUCAAGCUAUGAGCCUGGCUUUCUUCUUGGUUUCUUGAAGGGGUGUGUUAUGGUUGCAUACCAGCAGGUAUAUAGAUGAAGAAGGAAGUCCCUUAGUCUGGGAUAUGAGCAAGAAAUUUGAAUAUUGGAUGUAAAAAUAUAAUUGAAUCGGUCAUGGAUAUUGUCCUGUCCGAUAUGAUGAUUAAUCCUUUUGUUUUCACUAUAUUCUAUCUGCCAUAUGAAGGAACGAUUACCUUGAAGUUUUAUUCGUUGCACGUGUAAGUUAUAGGUCUUGCUUGCCACGUUACGGUGUAACACAGCUACCGGUGACGAUUGGCAAGGGAGAACGAGCGGCGGCUGCAGUAGGAAGCUUCAAGAAGAAGAGGCAGAAGAGAAGUGCCAAGUGUUUGAUCUUAGUGAACCGUAGUUCUUCACGUGGGGCAUUCGGGAUCUAAGUGAACUAAGUUACUGAAGUGGGGCGUGCAAUCUGAAGUGAAGUUCAAGGGAGUGUUGACAGAAAGGCGGACUGGGCUCAGCGGGCACGGGCUUAAGGGAAAUGCCCCUGAGCUGUUUGUUUCAGUUGGGCUUUAUCUAUUUUAUUUCUGUUGGUUUAUUUUUGUUGUUGCUCGGUUAGUUCAGAAAGUCUAGUACAGGCCCAUGGCCUUUUUACAUUUGGUAGGGUUCCCGCGUAUUAGAGCCGCCGUAAUGUACUUUUCUUUUUAAUGCAAAAUCUGAAUGAAAGUUUGAAUUCCUUUCC